AUCAAUCAUUUAUAAAUAACCUUCAUAAUUUUAGCUAUUCCUGAUUCUCAGCCUUCUUCCUGGGAGGGAGAGAAAAGACAGAGUCUCUCGUCUAAUUUCUCGCACACAUUUAUAUUUUUAUUUUCCGAGCGAUCGUCCAUGACGGACAUCGACAUCGGAACCGCAGCAGAGAGAAACGACGACGGAGGAGGAAGACGAGAGCCGUUGAUUAACCGUGAAAAGAAGUUCAAGCGUUCUGUCUCGAACGUGCACGACGAACUCCAUAGUUUCAGGAAAUAUCUGAGAUGGAUGUGCGUGGACCAGUCGAGCCCUUGGACAGCGGUUCUCUCCUGGUCGAUGUUCGUCGUUUUCACGCUCGUGGUUCCGGCGAUGUCUCACUUCAUGCUCGCUUGCGCCAACUGCGAUAGCCAUCACUCGAGGCCGUACGAUUCUGGGGUUCAGCUUUCUCUCAGCAGCUUUGCUGCCCUUUCUUUUCUUUGUCUCUCAAGAUUUGUCAGCAAGUUUGGUCUCCGACGGUUCCUCUUCUUCGAUAAGCUUUGGGAUGAGAGCUCCACUGUUCGCCGAGGCUACACCAAUCAGCUCAAUAGAUCGCUUAAGAUUCUCUUCUACUUCGUCGCUCCUUGUUUCUUAGCAAUGAGCUCAUACAAGAUAUGGUGGUACGCUUCGGGAGCAUCUCAGAUUCCUUUCCUCGGUAACGUUAUCUUGAGUGAUACAGUCGCUUGUCUGAUGGAGCUCUGCUCGUGGCUCUACCGUACUACAGUGAUCUUCUUGGUUUGUGUCCUCUUCCGUCUCAUCUGCCAUCUCCAGAUCCUCAGGCUUCAAGACUUUGCUCAGGUUUUUCAAAUGGAUUCAGACGUUGGUUCUAUCUUGUCUGAACAUCUCCGCAUCAGACGUCACCUGAGAAUCAUCAGCCACCGUUACCGAAUCUUCAUAUUGUCGUCCUUGAUUCUUGUCACUGGAAGUCAGUUAUACUCGUUGCUUAUUACCACCAAGUCCCAUACUGGAUUAAAUGUCAACAGUGCUGGAGAACUCGCUCUAUGUUCAAUGACGCUGGUCACUGCGCUGCUCAUUCUACUACGAAGUGCCUCAAAGAUCACACACAAGGCUCAGGCGGUGACUUGCCUUGCUGCAAAGUGGCAUGUGUGCGCGACAAUAGAAUCAUUUGAGACGGUGGAUGGAGGGACUCCAAGGUUAGUUGAUAGAGCAAGCGGACACGGAUUCUAUUCAACAGAUGUGGAAAUUGGAGACACAGACGAUAGUGAAGAUUAUGGAGAGGAAGAAGAUGAUUUUGAUAACGAUGAUCUCAUUCCUGCUUAUGCUUAUAGCACCAUAUCAUUCCAAAAACGACAAGCUCUAGUGCAUUACUUUGAGAACAACAAAGCAGGAAUCACAGUGUUUGGGUUUACACUUGAUAGAAGUACUCUCCAUACAAUAUUUGGGAUCGAAAUGUCGCUUGUUCUCUGGCUUUUGGGUAAGACCAUUGGGAUCUCUUGAAUCAUUUUUUUUUGGAUCGUAAAGUCUCGAAGUUUUGGUUCUGGCUCCCUUGUUGGAUGAUAUUACUACAUGUAACAUGUAACAUUUCCUAAAAAAUUAAUCGUUGUAAAUCAUGUUGUAUGUUCAAUGUGUCGAUUUUGCAACAAUUUCAUAUGUUUAUCAAGAGAUCUUCAAGUAAAUAAGAUUGGUUUUACG